UACAUUAGCGUGUGUUGUAUCAAGUUUUUAGACCGACAAGUCACACCUUUUUUUCGGACUGUAAAGUUCAAUCAGAAGACAUAGUUUUCAUCUUGCUGAUCGCAAUUUAUUUUGGGGCCGAUCAAUUCCUCAGUAGAUUGUCCUCUUCUGCAGUUGGCUGUAAGAAGAUCCUUCAUCUCCUCCUCUUGAUUUGGUGACCUGUCCUAUCAUGGCUGAAAAGCUAGCGUCCUUCGGUAAGAUGCUGCUCCGGCGACGGGCUCUGGACUGUAACCAGGAAGAGAGCCACUUCGCCCGCUGCCUGACCACGCUGGACCUUAUUGCCCUGGGGGUGGGUGCCACUCUGGGGGCCGGCGUCUAUGUGCUGGCUGGAGAGGUGGCCAGGGAGAAGGCCGGCCCAGCCAUCGUGCUCUGCUUCCUCAUCGCAGCGCUCUCCUCCGUCCUUGCUGGUCUGUGUUAUGCUGAGUUUGGUGCUCGUGUGCCCAAGACUGGUUCAGCCUACAUGUACAGCUAUGUGACUGUGGGGGAAAUCUGGGCCUUCAUCACUGGCUGGAACCUCAUCCUCUCCUAUGUCAUAGGCACAGCCAGUGUUGCUCGGGCCUGGAGCUCCACCUUUGACAACCUGGUUGAACAGAAGAUCUCAGACUUCUUCAGAGCCUCCAUGUCCAUCAAGGUCCCUGGGAAGAUUCUUGCUGAAUACCCAGACCUCUUCGCCUUCAUCCUGAUCUUGCUGCUCACUGGCCUGCUGGCGUUUGGCGUUAGCGAGUCGGCCCUAGUGAACAAGAUCUUCACGGGGGUCAACCUGGUGGUGCUGGGCUUCGUCAUCAUCUCAGGCCUGGUGAAGGGAGACCGUACCAACUGGAACCUCACUGUGGAGGACUUUGUCAACACAACCAACAUCACUGAUCCAGAGAUAAUUAAAGAGAAGUUUGGCACUGGGGGUUUUGCUCCAUUUGGCUUCAGUGGAGUCCUGUCUGGGGCAGCAACCUGCUUCUAUGCCUUUGUGGGGUUCGACUGCAUCGCAACAACAAGUGAAGAGGCCAAGAACCCUAUGCGUUCCAUCCCCAUCGGAAUCGUGGCUUCUCUGCUCAUCUGUUUCUUUGCCUACUUCGGGGUGUCUGCGGCUCUCACCCUUAUGAUGCCCUACUACCUGCUGAACAGAGAGAGCCCACUGCCAGAGGCCUUCAGUUAUGUGCACUGGGACCCUGCCCGCUACAUCGUGGCUGUGGGCUCCCUCUGUGCCCUCUCCACCAGUUUACUGGGCUCAAUGUUCCCCAUGCCCCGUGUAAUCUAUGCCAUGGCUGAGGACGGCCUGCUCUUCCGCUUCCUCUCAAAGAUGAACAUAAAAACCAAGACCCCCCUGUUAGCCACCAUCGUGUCGGGUAUUGUAGCAGCCCUGAUGGCAUUCCUGUUUGAUCUGGCAGCCCUGGUAGACCUGAUGUCGAUAGGAACUCUCCUGGCAUACACACUAGUGGCAGUGUGUGUGCUUAUCCUCAGGUACCAGCCGGGUACCCUGGGCCUCAGCGGUGCCAGUGAGAAGCUGGUGGAGCUGGUGGGUCUGCGGAGGGCAACCAUGGCGGAGGGGGACAGUGGAGACGAGGGUGAGGGGGAGACCAGGCCCCUCAGGGAGAGGUUCACCCUCAAGAUGUUGCUGGUGCCCAGCUGUGACGUCCCCACCAAGACCUCCGGACUUAUCGUGUACAUCACUACCGCUGUCAUCUCUUUGGUAUUCACCCUGCUGUGUGUAGUGCUGGCUGUGUGGGGGGCAGAGGUGGUUAGUGGCCACCCCCUGUGGGUCACCAUAUGUGCCAUACUGGCCUUCUUCGCCUUCCUGUGUGUGGCCAUCAUCUGGAGACAGCCCCCGAGCAGACAGGCACUCACCUUUAAAGUACCUCUGCUCCCAGUGCUGCCAUUGGUCAGUAUCUUUGUCAACAUUUACCUCAUGAUGCAGCUGGAUGGGCCAACAUGGUGUCGCUUUGCAGUGUGGAUGACUAUUGGUUUUCUCAUCUACUUUGGUUAUGGGAUUAAGAACAGCUCAGAGGCCACACCCAACCGUGGUAAAUUUGAGACAGUCCUCCGAUCAAAGAGUCCCAUCUACCUGGCAGAGGAUGACAGUGAGGUGGAAGGGAUGACACCUUAGAGGAGAAUCGUGGUGGAGUAGAUGGUGUACGCCCCAACAACAUAACACGCAAGACGAACAGGUGCACGGUCUCAUCGCGUUAAUUUUCAACUGUCGGGGCAUUGUGCUACAACCGACUGUCUUCUCCUUUGUUGAUAUUUGGUCAUUCCUAUAAUGUAGAGAGACCCUCACAUGCUAAAUGGAUUUUGGAUGUACAGUAUCAGUCAAAAGUUUGGACACCUACUCAUUCAAGGGUUUUUCUUUAUUUGUAUUAUUUUCUACAUAGUAGAAUAAUAGUGAAUACAUCACACCUAUGGAAAGUACACAUGGAAUCAUGUAGUAAGCAAAAAAGUGUUAAGUCAAAAUAUAUUUUAUAUUUGAGAUUCAUCAAAGUCACCACCCUUUGCAUUGAUGACAGCUUUGCACACCUAUGGCAUUCUUUCAACUAGCUUCAUGAGGUAUUCACCUGGAAUGCAUUUCAAUUAACAGGUGUGCCUUGUUAAAUGUUAAUUUGUGGAAUUUCUUUCCUUCUUAAUGUGUUUUAAGCCAAUCACUUGUGUUAUGACAAGGUAGGGGUGGUAUACAGAAUAUAGCCCUAUUUAGUUAAAGACCAAGUCAAUAUUAUGUCAAGAACAGCAAAAGAAGCAAAAUGAAACGACGGUCCAUCGUUACUUUAAGACAUGAAGGUCAGUCAAUCCGGAAAAUGUCAAGAACUGCAGUCGCAAAAAAACAUCAAGCGCAAUGAUGAAACUGGCUCUCAUGAGGAUCGCCACAGGAAAGGAAGACCCAGAGUUACCUCUGGUGCAGAGGAUAAGUUCAUUAGAGUUACCAGCCUCAGAAACUGCAGCCCAAAUAAAUGCUUAAGAGUUCAGGUAACAGACACAUCUCAACAUCAACUGUUCAGAGGAGACUGCAUGAAUCAUGCCUUCACGGUUGAAUUACCUCAAUAACAAAAAAACACUACUGAAGGACACCUAUAAUAAGAAGAGACUUGCUUGGGCUAAGAAAAAUGAGUUGUAGACAUUAGACCGGUGGAAAUUUGUCCUUUCUUCUGAUUAAUCAAAAUUUGAGAUUUUUGAUUCCAACCCACGUGUCUUGUGAGAUGCAGAGUAGGUGAGCGGAUGAUCUCCGCAUGUGUGGUUCCCACCGUGAAGCAUGGAGGUGUGGGGGUGCUUUGCUGGUGCACUGUCAGUGAUUUAUUUAGAAUUCAUGUCACACUUAACCAGAAUGGCUACCACAGCAUUCUGCAGCGAUAUGCCAUCUCAUCUGGUUUGCGCUUAGUCCCACUGUCAUUUGUUUUUCAACAGGACAAUGACCCAAAACACACCUCCAGGCUGUGUAAGGGCUAUUUGACCAAGAAGGAGAGUGAUUGAGUGCUGCAUCAGAUGACCUGGCCUCCACAAUCACCCAACCUAACCCAAUUGAGAUGGUUUGGGAUGAGUUGAGCUGGUUGAGAGUGUGCAAAGCUGUCCUCAAGGCAAAGGCUGGCUACUUUGAAAAAUCUCAUAUAUAAAAUAUAUUUUGAUUUAACACUUUUUUUUGGUUACAUGAUUCCAUGUGUUAUUUCAUAGUUUUGAUACCUUCACUAUUAUUCUACAAAGUAAAAAAUAAAGAACCUUAAAUUAGUAGGUGUGUAUUAACUUUUGACUGGUACUGUAUGUGCACUGAGAUAUACACUGAUUGUACAAAACAUUAAGAACACCUGUGAUUUCCAUGACAGUCUGACCUGGUGAAAGCUACAGUCCCUUAUUGAUGUCACUUGUUAAUUACAUUGCAAUCAGUGUAGAUGAAGGGGAGGAUACAGGUUAAAGAAGGAUUCUUAAGCAUUGAGACAUUGUCUAUGUGUGCCAUUCAGAGGGUGAAUGGACAAGACAAGAUUUAUGAGCCUUUUGAACAGGUUAUGGUAGUAGGUAAGAGGCACACUGCUGGGUUUUUCAUGCUCAACAGGUUUCUAUGUGUAACAAAAAUGAUCCAACACCCAAAGAACACCUAGCCAACUUGAAACAACUGUGGGAAGCAUUAGAGUCAACAUGGGCCAGCAUCCAUGCGGAACUCUUUCGACACCUUGUAGAGUCCAUGCCCUGACGGCAAAAGGGAGGGGUGCGUGCAACUUAAUAUUAGGAAGUUGUUCUUAAAGUUUUGUACGCUCAGUGUAUACUCGAUCAACAUGAACUUGCCAAAUUUCUGCAUAUCUAACCAUUUGAAAGGGUUUUUUGUAUUAAAUAUGUCAUUUAGAUGGUACAAAUGGCAUGACACAGAGUUCCUCCAUUUUUAAUGUGUUAUUCUAGUGCCUGGUUAUUUCUGCCUGAAUUCAGCCAUUUUCCCCAAAAUGGUGUCUGAUAUCCACUGUCUUUGCCCUGCGAGUUACUGCUGGGUACAGUAAGCAUACCAACAGGGUAUGUCAUGUGUCCUCCUGUCCAUAUAGGUAAAUUACUAUGGUAUUAUUUAUGUUCUUUGGGGACAGGCAAUACCAAGGAGAGGGUCAAACCACCCCAGAACUCACUGUCUGCACUUUAGAGAGAUGCUUGACAAUUAAAUUAAACUUUGUAAAACUUGGUCCUUACCCAAAAUAUGGUAAUAUUUCUAAUUUUUUUAAGAAUUUAGAAUAGAGAAUGUUUAAAAAAAAAAAUCAUUAAUUGAAUUUUGUUUUCAUAUUUAUACAUAGAUAUGUAUGCUAUAUUUGUUAAAGCUGCCCAAAUAAUUAUUCAAUUUAAAAUUAUGCUCUUAACUGUAGAGAGAAAUAACUUAUUUUUGUACCAUGAUGAUCGACAAACUCUACCAAAUAGAGAAAUGUCUAUAGGAAGGUACACUGAAGAAAAAUGCUGAUAUUCCUUGGAGCCCAAAACUGGCACUACUGAAAGGCAGAGAAAGGAUUACAAUACAUUAGCCUAGUAUGAAAGGGCUUACAGGUUUCAUUCCUGUUUUAAGGUCUUAAUCUCGUGGUACAUGUUACUUACAUGAUUGAUUCCAUGUAUAAUUUUGUACAUAACUGUUUUGUAUAUAAUUGUGUCAUUGAUAGAUGGGCCUGGGUUUUAAUCUCUUAACUCUGAGUGUCUAACUGAAUGUAUUAAUAACAUGAACUGAAAACCCCACCAGCCUCAGUCCAAUUUUGUUUCUAGACACUUUGCUGUGGUGUUCAAAUCAACUUGUGUUUUUUCUGUUUUAACUAUGUGCCUCAAUUUAUUUGCUCACUUCAAGGGUAUGUAUGUAACUGUUAUUUGUAUUCUAUGCCUAUUUACGAGAUGUGGAAAUUGUCAUAUCACAGAUAAUCAAUUCAAAUUGGUAUCCCUUCAUAUUAUUGUGAUUUAAAUGACCAUUUUAAGAUCAAGACUGGCCAGUCUUGUGUAAAAAUGGCCUAGAAAACACACUACAAAUAGCUGUGAGUAAAAGUCUAUUUUUGUAUUUUAUUUUUAUGCUUCCAGAGGACUCAAAGCUUGUUACAGAAUCAUGUUGCAAAGAAAAGUCUUGCACAUUACGUCAGUGUCUCAUACAAGGUUUUGUGUAGUGAGUUACAAUACUAGGAUGUUUACAAACUACCUUGGUCAUCAGAACAGUAUUUGAGAAAAUAACAAUUGUGUUGUACUAACUGUUUCAUGUCCAUUUGUACUCUUACUGAUUUUAAAGCAUAGUAUAACAGUACAUGUACUAUCUGUAAAUGUGUCAAGAGAAAUUACUGUAUAUAAUCAAUGUUUUGUUUUUUUUAAGUAAAUUUGAAUCCUCCAAUGAA